CGGGAUCUUACAACAACAUGGUUCUCUGUAUCCUGAUGCUCUCUGUCUCAAAAGCAACCUCUAAAAUCCAAACUUAAGUUAAACUCUGGCACUUUCCAAGAAGCUUCCUUCAGCCCCACACACAUUUCACUUUCAAUUUCAAACCUUCAAAAAUAACAAUUCUCAACCCAUAACAACAAUAUUAUUAUUUAUUAUUAUUAUUACACGCAAACAAUAAAUCAUGAAACUUCAAGUGAAAAAACAAAGGCCGUGAACUCAACUAAAAAAAAAAAAAAACUCUCCUAAUGGGUGGAACCGUUUCUACUUCUCAAACAGAAAAGUUUCCGUUGCAAACAAUGGUUACGGAUGAGUCUCCUCUGAAGCCAUCGAAACUUCUAGUAAACGUGACAAUUGAGAAUAGUUUGGGUGCAAUACAAGUGUUGAUGUCCCCUGAAGAUACCGUUAGCAAUUUAAUUAAGGUAGCAUUGGUAACUUAUGAUAAGGAGAAAAGGAGGCCUUUAUUGAAGGAAAUUGAUCCAAACCGCUACGAACUUCACUACUCACCUUACACCCUCCAAAUUAUUGAGAUGGUGCAGGUUUGAAGGCAAGUGAGAAAUUGAAGAACUUGGAGUCAAGGAAGUUCUUUCUCUGCUCAAAGCCUUCCAUCUCUUCUUUUUAGGCGUAUGUAUGUGGGAAUUAAUUCUACAUUUCUUCGAGGAUGUUGUUCACUUGUUGGAUUCAUGUCAUAAUGUGGCCACUUUGUGACAAGCAAACCAUUCGUUCGUUGUUUCAAUUUCAAAGGUGUGAAUGGACACUUUUGAGAGACAAAAACUCACGUAUCCUUAAUCCUGUGAAAGGGUAACGUGAAGUGAAGAAAAUGAAGAGAAAAUAAUACACUCAUUUGCGGAUUUAUUUACGGCCAGUGGUUUUUUAACA